AAUGAACCACGCUCUGGAUGAUGCCCCUUCCCAAAAUCACCGUGAAUAUGCCUUUCCACUGGUGGCACGAGCCACAACUGUCACCCAGGUUCCCCCAGCCAAGACGAUAACCUUCUUCAAGAAAGGAGACCCCCGCUUUGGUGGAGUUCGGAUGGUUGUCAACCAACGCAUGUUCAAGAGCUUCAAUGCCCUCAUGGAUGAGCUCUCUCACCACAUUCCCCUAUCAUUCGGUGUCCGCACCAUCACCACACCCCAAGGAGUACAUUGUAUUAACUCUUUGGAGCAGCUGGAAGAUGGGGGCUGUUACAUUUGUUCUGACAAGAACCCUUCCAAGGCCCUUGGUGGGUCACAUAAGCAGUCAACAGCAUCCUCAACAAGUGGCUAUCCCACCCAGAGGCUUGGCAACUCAGAAAGCUGGCAGGAGACCCCACCCUGGCAGGGCCCUAAUGCCCCCAGGAAGUUAACUCUGGUAAAGAAUGGAGAUAUUGGGUUUCGGCGCUCCUUGAUUCUGAGUCUGAAGAAUACCCAGAACCUAAAGGCCUUCCUCAACGAUGCAUCUGAGGUUUUGCACUUCCCAGUAAAUCACCUCUACAAUACCGAUGGGAGUAAGGUGGAAUCCCUACAGAGUCUGCUACAAGGCCCUUCUAUUGUGGUGUGUGCUGGACAAGAGCCAUUCAGACCUAUGGCGGUGGAAAGCUCCAGGAGACAUUUGCCUGAGAAGUUGCCAGGACUGACUUCAAAGAAAAGCAAUGCUAAUUGGGAGCUGAAAGCCAAGAAGAGUGUCAUCCAUUCAAGGUCUGAAUCGAGCAACAAGUUGAGGCAGCUUUCCCUGACAUCGGAGAAGUCUUAUCCCAAUGCCUCUAGGGCCUCUAUUAGCAGCGGCAGUCCUAUCCCUACAACCAACACCAAUGCUUCAGAGAAGUCUCCUGGUGCCAUCCCCUUUGGGCCCAAUGAUGACAUCGAGAAGAAAGUUCAUGUGAACAAAGAUGGCAGCCUCUCGGUGGAAAUGAAAGUACGAUUCCGACUCCUCAGUGAGGAAAUGCUCCAAUGGUCCACCCAACUUAGGAAACUGUCCCAUCUCAGGGAAGUCAAUGGGGAUGAACCAGGACUCAGAGGAGUUGCCUUCCAUCCUUCCAGGGAGAAUAAUGUGCAGAGGUCUUCAGAGAUGGGUAAUUUCCUUUGUCCAAAUGAGACUAAUUCCCAAGGGCUGGAAGAAGUUUCUUAUCUACAGCCACAACCCAAGUAUGAGAUCUGGAAAAAUCCCAUGUUUGUUUCCCAGGGACAUGGAGCAGCUCCUGGGAGAAGCUCCUGGGUAACCCAGUCUCCUUGCUCAGGGGCCUCAUUGUUUCGACAGGCCAUCCACCAAACAAAGACUUCUGGGAACAGUCUCUGCACCAUUUCUGGUGGAGAACCCUUGGACUGCAGUGCAGCAGGAUCCCCUCGUCAUUCUGGGACCCUGGAGAGCAGAUUACAGUGCCACGCAAAGCACCAGGGUUCAGGUCACAGGAACUUAACCACAGUCGCUUCAAGUGAUGAUGAAGUGGAGGAAGACUAUACCCUCCUCGGGAAAAACAGUAAAUCUUGUGGUGAAGAGCCUGACUUACUCAGGAAGAGGUCCCAGAAAACUCAGGAACCCAUGGCAGGGAGGGAGUGGCCACCAGAUGAGGAGGAGGGAAAUAAAGCGCACUCACUGGACCGCCUCAAGGAUGGGGCUUGGAAUGCCACAGAAGACUCAUCUGUAUGUUCCAGGUGCAGGGAGAAGAGGAUGCCUGUGGCGGAGGGUUGUGGCAGUCCUAGGCAGGAGGGAGCUUUCUGUCCCUAUGUGAGAGAGGCUAAGGGAGAAGCCACUGUGGCCCAUUAUCUACCAUCCCUUGACACAGACUGUGACCUGAGCAGGCAAGUGAUGCCUCAGAUGAAUGAUGCUCAAGAGGGCUCUUGUGCUUCCCUUGUGGGCACAUCCUCCUUAAAGAAUGAAGCUCUGGAAGCCAAGGAGGAUGCUCACAGCAGGGUGAGACAGGAUACCAGUUCUGGAUCUGUCCGGAACAUGUCCAGGUCAGAGAUCAAUGGUGAGUUCAGUGACCCUGAGUGCAAUUGUGUUCUAUAUUCUUCUUGUCCUUCAGCAGGCAGUGGGAGCAAAGGAUGGAGGGGUCCAAGGAGUGAUGGAUCCCUCCAUAAUGUCUCUCACACUUCUACAGCUUAUGAGGGAAGUAAAAGUAGUCAACUACAAAUCAAGGACAAUGGGGAUAGAGGGAGUAGCUCCAUCUUGGAGGGCUCACCAGAGAGGUCUCUGCCAAGGAGCGUGUUAAGUUCUCCUCUCCUAGAGAAGCUUAGGGUAGACAAUCAAACCCCAAUUUCUUCUAGAAGUUCAUCUGAAACUAAACAGCAAACCGCAAGAGAUCCUGGAUCUUCCUCUUCUUCUCCUCAUUAUUUAGAAUGUUUAUCAUGGCUCAGUGAUGCUUCCAUUAGUCAGAAUCAUAAUUCAGGUCAGAAAAAAUUAAAGAAUAUUUCUAAUUCCAGCCAAUCAAGUACUAACUCUUUGGAGGAGGAGUCUAGAGAAGCCACGAAAGCCAGUGUUAGCUCUCUGGAGCCAAGAUCUUCACACACAUCUUCCGAAUUCCAAGGUAUUAUUGAGAAGUCCCUGGGUGACCAUCCUAGAGUUUUUCUGGAGUUGAAGAAUAAAGAAUCUCAGGUGGCAGAAUCAAAUACCCGCAGAAGUAGCUGCUCCUCCCAGUCCAGCAGAACCCAGCCUUACAGGACUUACAGUGAUAAACUGCAGGUCCUACCAGCAAAGGGGAAAAAUGACAACAGGGGACCCCGCUCUUGGGCUAGUUCAGCAGCCAGCAGAAGCCUCCCCACUCCCCCCAGAGGAACACCUCACUUCAGAAAAAGUAAACAUGCUGCAAUCAAGCAUCCCUCAAGCAAUAGCAAGUGCAAUGCUAACUUGGUGGGAGGUGGAAGUUUGGAGGAGAAAGACAAUCUUAGUUUGUCUGGCUCCAUCACACCUGAUUCCAGAUCAGUCACCCCAAGUCAAACAGCCAAAAGAGCCAGCAAAGGUGGCCCCUCGCCUGGUCGUGAGAGGAAAAUGCCGAGGAAAAAUUCUAGAGAAGGGAAACCUCACAAAGAAAAGAGGAAUGUUGGCAAGCCAGCGGGUAGCACUGGUAUGAAACUCAGUGACCUGCCCAGCACAUCUCCAGAGGAAGUUGUUUAUGAAUGGCUGAGCAAAAUUCCAGAAGAAUCAAUUCUCAUGAGAUGUGAAAUGCAGGAUGAUAGCCCUGUGACAGCUGUGGAGGGUCCAGAAGAGAACCUGGAUGUCACUUGUUCUUCUGAAGUUCCCAGAGAGAUGGCCCAAGCCCAAGAGAAUGUCUUAGAGAGGAAAGAUUCUGGGGGAACAUCGUCAGAUGAAAACCCCCAGCUUGAUGCUGUUAGCCCAAAGGCAAGAAGUAGUCUUACUAAAGAGAGAUCUUCUAGUACUUUGGCAACAGUCACUGAGGGCAGUCCAGGUGAGUGUGCUGACUUAGGAGUGAAAACCCACCUGAGGAAGAUGGAGGACCUGCCUAGCCCACUGUAUAGUUCAGUGCAGAUCAUGAAAGCCCUGCUCAGCUCUAAGCAAAGCCCUAAGCUAGGUCGUUUUAAUAGUUUGCCAGAAGUGUCACAGAGCACAGGGAGGAAGUUGAGUCACUCCGCCCAUGUGCUCAUCACCUGCCUAGCCAGCCUGCACUUCUUUGAUGAAGAACUUGUGACAGUAACAAACCAGCUGACCUACAUGAACUCACCCAAGUACCAGGAGCUUCUAAACAUCUUCCAAGCCCUUUGGACUGAAUGUAGCCCCAGUACAGAUGAAUCAAGCCCUAAGCUGCAAACUCCAGUGACUGGUGACUUUAGUCCAACAUCUUCUUCUGGAGUGGAUGUCAGCAGUGGUUCUGCUGGUUCUGGAGAAGGGAGUGUACCUGGUGUGGCGGACUGUGUUCCUCUGCCUGAAAAGAUAGAGAAUUCCAAGCUGGAGGUCGGUGGUGGCUCUGCUGCUUCUGGAGAAGAGAAUGUGACUGGUGUUGUGGACUGUGUUCCUCUGUCUGAAAAGAUGGAGGAUUCCAAGCUGAAGAGGCAGGGCAGCAUCACCUGCCAUGACGAUAUGGAUAUAGAGAACAAGAAAUCCUUCUCAAAUGACCAAAUGAAAACAGAAGGCCAGUCAGCUGAAGGAGAUGAAGAAGGAAGCAGCACUCAUGAUGUAACCAACAGGGAUGAAGCCAAUGAAGACAUGAAAGAAGAGAUGUUGGAAAGUAGCACAGUUAUGGUUGAUGAAGAUGAAAUAAAAAAAGUGGGAAUGGAAGAAGAGAAAAUGCUAGAAAAGGAAAUGCAAGAGGAAGAAACACAAGAUGAAGUAACAGAGGCAGAAACACAAAAUGAAGUAAUAGAAGCAGAAAUGAUUCAAGAAGAAAAACAAGCAGAGGAGACAAAAAAUGAGAAAGUGUUCAUGGAAAGAAUGCAGGAAGAAGAAGGAAUACAAGAAGAGGAAGCAUCCAAAAAAUGUGACUCUGUAGAUUCAUGUCCUCCAGUUAAAACCGAGGAAGUAACAGAGCAAGUUAGUAAUGCCAGUAAAGAUGAUUCGAAUUCUGACAAUAUUCAUGAUGGCCAAGAAUUUGAACCUCAUUCAAAAGAGGUGGCUAAAGGAGCUGUUGUCGUUGCUGAGCAAUCUGUGGUCAAUACCAAUUCAGGGACUGGAGGAAAGAGGGCGUCUAUUAUCCAGAACACAUCACCAGAUCCUGACCCACUCUGGGUUCUGAGGUUGUUGAAGAAGAUAGAGAAGGAAUUCAUGACUCAUUAUGUCAAUGCUAUGUCUGAGUUCAAGAUCAGGUGGAAUUUGCAGAAUAAUGAAAUAUUGGACCAGAUGAUUAUCGAAUUAAAGAAUGAGGUGAAUCAAAGAAUACAAAAGAGUAUUGAAAAAGAACUGAGGAAAAUCCAAACUAGGGCAGGGAAGAAACUUCCAAAGCCCCCCAAGGAAGCUUUUAGGUGGGACAAUUCACUACAGACAGAACAAAGAAGGAGACGUUUAAAGGGCAUGCGCAACCAUUCCGCCUUCACAGAGCAAAACAAACUACCAGAAAAGCGUUAUCUCUCUCUGGCUUUCACUGGUGCCCUAGCCUCCAGUGAGACCCUGGCUGAUGAUCUAAGAGAGCUAGAAGGUGAGGGAGAGUACUGCCCUUGUGAUAGUUGCAUAAGAAAGAAGAUAACCAGUAUGUCUCUGAAGAACCCAGCACCAGCCACAGAUGCUCCCCUCAGAAAGGCUUUCGACCUACAACAAAUUCUCCUUAAGAAGAAGGAAGAAAAGUUGAGUGAGGGAGCAGAGGAACAAGGGAGCAAAGUGCUUCAGAGAGAACACACAGGUAAUGAAGCUGUUGAUGAAGCCGAACCAGAGCUGAUAUCUAAUGGCUGCAUGGAUGAAACUGGUGCAGGAGAGGAAAACCACAGAUCCAGCAAAGAUAGAGAAUCCGACCUGCAUGAAAGGGAAGAGCAGGAAGCUAAUCAUGAGGAAACAAUCACUGGAGAAGAAGAAGGAGCAGAUCUUCAGAACAGUGAGGAUGGAGAUAAAGAAGAAAAAGUUGAAAGCGACUUGAAAGAAGAUGAAGAUGAGAAACAGGAUGAGGGAGAGAGUGCAGCUGAUGGAAGUGAGAGGAAAGAAACUGGCUCUGUGUCUGAACAUGGGGCAAAGGCAAACCCAGAGGGAGAAGCCACAGGUGAUGAGGAUGGCUGCUCAGAAGCAUCUGGUGAUGCUGAAGAACUUCAGGCCACAGAGCCAGUCAGCCCAGAGGCUGAGGUGGAGAAGCAGACAGAGUCACAAUUAGGGCUGGGAAGCCAAGAGGACCAAGAAAGCAACUGUGAGGAAAGGCCAGGAGAAAGCCAGAUUGGUGAAAUGUCUGAAGAGAAUAAUCCUGACUCAGAGAUAAGUGAUGGGAGUUUGAGGACCGACCGUCUUCCUGUGGCCCUCAGGAGCUCACAACCAAAUAAAGAAGGCUUCUCUAGCAACUCAUCCAUUGCAUACUGUUCUCAAAUAUCACAGGAAGGUUCAGAAAAAGAGGUCUCAAACGGAGACUGUCAAGAAGCAGAAAACUUAGAGGCUGAACCAAACAGAGAAACUAAUUCAGGAAACAAGGCUUUUACUAUGUAUCCUGAAAAUUCCUUUUCUGAGCAAGAUGAAAAAUCAUCUUGUUCAGAAAGGGAGUCUACUGACAACCUGACUUAGAACACAAGGACAGACUGGCUAAGAACUCUUAAAUUACAGGAGUUCUUGAUAAAGCAGAUAUAUUUGAUGAAGAUUGCUUGAAUUUCUACAAGAGAAAGCUGCUAGAUUUUACUCACUGGUUCAGUGGCUUUGUUAUGUUGGGGCUUUGCCUAUGAACCCUAGUGAGACUAAUUUCCUUCGGUAAAGAAAAAUGACACAGGGUAGUACAAAGAACUGCCUCUAGGGCAGGUAGUGAAUCCAGAAAAGUAUAUUUUCCCUCAUUUCUAAAUUCUAUAUCCUGUCAUCCCAUUUAUUGGUUUUGAAGGAGCUUCUCUUACAUCGAAAUUUCUAAAUUGGACAUAACCACUUGAACAGAAAGAAUUUAACUCAAUUGUAGAACUCUCUCAUCAGAAGUGUAAAUUUGGGGUACCCAAGAAUCAGUUAAGCUUACUAGAAAAAGAAACUUUGUCCCUUCCUUUCCACCUCUCCUUCUUCCUUUUUUUUAACUACUAAAACAUAUAUACAUAUGCACAUACACAUGUAAGUAUAUAUGUAUAUGUAUUUUUUUAGCUUGGGCUCACCAUUAGACUUCGAGUCUAAUUUGAGGUGACUUACAGGUGACUUCAAUUCAAAUAUAUGGAGGAACUGUAAAAAUGUAAAUUUCUUUUGAAAAAUAUAAAUGAAAAUUAGUCCAAAGUUGAUUCAUAGCCUACAAACCUAAUGUGAUCUAAAAAAUAUUUUUUGGUAAUAUCUUUGCUCCUCUCCUAGGUAGGGUGUAUGCUCCCCAAGAAUUGCUUGGCAGUAGGGCCUUUCCCUUGGCCCCAUCCCAGAUAUAUAUAGUCCUAUUAUGGAGGGGGGAUUUCUUGGACUACUCUUACCAGCUUCUUGGUGCAGGCCCUUUCAUUUGUCUGCCAUGGAAACUGGAGUUAGUUUACCUAUGACCAUACAAAAUAAGCUGAGGCUUAAACUUUUUGUAUGAAGGAAAGAGAUUUGGCAGCUCCACUACUGUGAUGCACGUUCUAGUGUGGCGCUUCCCUGAUGGAUAAUGGAGAAAAUCAAACUGAAUAGUUUCCUGGUCCACGAAAAAGCCUUGCCUGAUUGCCUCUAGGGGUCUUCACUGGAACAAAUGGAGCCCUAACCCAGGAUCAAUUAUCAUUUAUUUAUGGCAAAGGGGAAAGAGUUUGGGGAUAUAGCAAAGGGAAGGAUAGAGGCAGAGAGCUUGCUAUAUACCACGUCCAAAGCAGGAACUGAUUUUAAGUCUGAAUUAGUUUGUUUGUUUGUUUUUUAACUCAAAGAACAUUUAUUUCUCUUUGUGAUCAUGGGAGAAUCCUGUUUUAAGUGGCUCAAAGGGAAAUGAAUAGUACUUUGCAACCAAGCUUCAUUAAAAUGGAGGUCUAUUGUUACAGUGUAAUGGAUCCACGUUACAAAGUAUUGUUAUUGUGGAGUUUUAUAUUUGUUUAUAUGAAGCAAAUAUGAUAUGUACUCUAUAUUUAUAAUCAAUAACAAAUUUGAAGGGAGGAGUAAGAGUAUCUUGCUGGAUCUAAAGUAGUGCCUGUUAUUCACCCUUUCUUCUUUGAUUGUAUUUGAAAGCUACAUAAGAUAUUCUUAAUAAAAAGUUUG